CCAAACAGGAUGCCAUGGACUACAUCACCUGGACAUACUUCUUCAGACGGCUGGUGAUGAACCCCAGUUACUACAGUCUAGAAGACAUCAGCCAUGAGUCCAUAAACAAAUAUCUGUCCAACUUGGUGGAGAGAAGCUUUCGGGACCUGGAGUGUUCUUACUGCAUUGAGAUCAAAGAGGAUGAUCGAAGCAUUGAGCCACUGACAUAUGGUCACAUCUCCUCCUAUUACUACCUGAAACAUCAGACCAUCCGGAUGUUUAAGGAGCGGCUGAAGGCAGAGCUGCCAAUCCACGAGCUGCUGUCUGUCCUCACAGAUGCAGAGGAAUAUUCUGAACUGCCGGUCAGACACAAUGAAGAUCAGCUCAACAACCAGCUGGCUCAGCAGCUCCCUCUUCAGGUCAACCCCCACUCCUUUGACAGUGCCCACACCAAGACCCACUUGCUGCUGCAGGCCCACUUCAGCCACGCCCAGUUGCCGUGCAGUGACUACAACACUGAUACCAAGACAGUACUAGACAAUGCUAUUCGGAUCUGCCAGAAGGCCAUCAUUAACACCCUGAAGCAAGAGGAUCAGAUGAUCUAG